GCCCAACCGAAUGCGAGGUAAUGGGCGCCCAGUAAUAUACGGCGGUGGUAGUUAUACCGCUACGUUAUUCAAGCCAUCCUCCCAUUCAUCUUGAACGCAUCGCCCCCAUGCUAUCUAUUCUGCGAAAAGCCAGGCUGAAGGAUAAGGAGAUGAGGAUCCUGAUGCUCGGUCUGGACAAUGCAGGGAAGACCACCAUCGUCAAGAAGAUCAUGGGAGAGGAUGUCAACACCGUCAGCCCGACUCUGGGCUUCAUCAUCAAAACCAUUGAUUACGACGGAUACAAGCUCAAUAUCUGGGACGUAGGAGGCCAGAAGACGCUACGGUCAUACUGGCGCAACUACUUUGAGAAAACGGACGCUCUCAUCUGGGUCGUCGACGCCACGGAUCGUCUACGCAUUGAAGACUGCAGGGACGAACUCCACGGCCUGCUCCAGGAAGAGCGCCUUGCGGGAGCGAGUCUCCUCGUAUUUGCCAACAAGACGGACGUCAACGGCUGUAUGGACGAAAAAGAAAUCCUGCAGGGCCUUCAGCUAGAAUCUAUACGGACACAUAGAUGGAACAUCCUACAAUGCAGCGCCAUGACGGGGGUAAACCUGAAGGAGGGGCUGGCCUGGGUGGUAGAUGAUGCAAAGAAGCGUCUAUUUCUAUAUUGAGAUGAUUGGCCAUGCGGGGGCGGAAGGAGGGGUCUUCACCAUGGUAGCAGGCAAAGCAUUCCACGACCCUGAGUUCAGCGAGGACACGAGACGGUAACGCCAACACCUAAAUCCGGACAAUGUCGUUUGUUUCCAGGACAGAGUGAAUAUACCCGUCCCCAGCAUUGCCAACCGGAAAAGGCGCACCGUAUGGCCAAGAAUCAAUCCCACGACAGCGAAACGUCGGUGCAAUCCGUAGCAAGCAUAAUCCUGCCACUAGUCGAGUGGCUCAGGGCUCAGGGCUCAGGGGAACACGAUCGGGGCUUUGUCCACCAGUCAGGUCUCCAGCACACGUGUUUUGGGAGAAAGCUGGGCGCGAUUUUAGGGCUUUUCACAAGGGUAAAAGGGGAGGGGGGGGAACGACGGUGGCAAAGAAAUAAAGAGAAUGACUUCAUAGGUAACAAAAGACGAAACAGCCCAGAAAAUGGCAAG